UUUGUUGUUUGUUGUUGAUUUAUAUGUGAAUUAAUCCCUUUUCGGUAUAAAUCGUUUUUAUUCAUUCUAUUAUUCUAUCAUUCUAUCAGUCUAUGAUUGUUCCAUCGUUCAUUGAAUUGCUCAGUUGUUCACUCAUUCAAUCAUUCAUACACUCGUUCAUACUCCGUAUAAUCAUUCAAUUCAUUCAUUCAUACACUCAUUCACUCAUUCACUCAUUCACUCAUCCAUUCAUUCACCAUUUCAUCACCCAUAAUUCUCCCCACCAUAUAGAACGAGGAAGAGCCAUUUUUCGUUGGUUACCGUUAUCAUACAUAAUAUAAUUAAUUCUAAAAGUCGAUCAAAUUUAUUUAAGCUCAAAUUUCUGGUCCUUAACUUUAAUUAAUAUUCCUGCAAACAGUACAGUACAGUUACAGUUUUAGUUUUAUCUUCCUAUUCCAUACAUUCAUUCUCUCUCCAAUUGUGGUUUUUUUUUUUCCACCUUAAACCUCGUCAUUACCCAAUUCCGCAUUCAUCAAAUGCUCGCCCAGCAUAUCUCUACACCUUUGCAGCUCUUAUAGCUCGAUCCGGCCAAAUUUCCUACCAGAGCUCAUAUACAUUAGAGCCCCCAAUUUCUGCCGCAUGAAUGUUCCUGAAGGACCUGAGCAUUCAUCUUUGGCUUUGCAGACCAGCUUAGGAGGAAAUUUGCCGGUAACGAGAAAAGUUAUGAGAUGGCGCCCAAAGGAUCUCGGCGGAAGAGCUUAAGUCUCCUUACCAGAGCAUCUUUUUCAAACCUCACCCAUAUAAAUACCGAUGUCAAUAAUGGCAGCACAGGCGACAAGGAGCAAAAGGAUAAGAAGAAGUUUGGGAAGAGAAGUUCGAUAUUUAGCGGUCUGACGCCUGCGGUGCAUGUUGAUACUGAAAAUGGAAGCAUUAGUCCUGUCAAAUCCGACGCUCAUUCGCCCAAGCUGCGGCCUCGUACACUGCAAAAAGGCAGACCGAAUUCAAUAUUCGGUUCUUUAGGGAGGAGAUCUAUGACAGAUUUGGCCGAGGAAAAGGAGGUGACGGGUACCACUCCUGAAUCCCCUGAAGAGGAAUAUCAUUAUCUUGCAGCCGGUAUUCUCAAUUCGAGCAGUGCUGUUUCGAUACUUCACCAUGGAGAGGUUCAGACAACUAGUUCAAUGUUCAGGAAGAAAAAGGAAUAUCUUGUGCUGACGGAUACACACCUAACGCGCUUCAAGAGCAUGGCACGGGCGAUAGAGGCAUUUCCCAAUAUACAACCGGCGCACUUGCGACAAUCUCAUCGUCAAUCAUCCACUGCAUCGAUAGGAUCCUUACAAGAAGUACAGUCUCAAGCUUCACAUGCGUCGACGGAAGGCGAAAACAGGAUCCCUUUGGGUCAGAUUGUCACAGUUUACAAGAUGGAAGAUGGGCGACCUUUUUUCACAACCGAAGUCGUGUUUUUAGAUGAAGAUUAUCAUGGUGUAGGAUCCCUUCAGCUUAUGUUGCAUGAUCCAAAGGAAGCAGAUCUAUGGUCCACUUCAAUAAGAGCGGCUGCGCAGAAAGCUAGACUCAUGAUGCCGGAACCAUACCCUGAACGAGUUGUCCGUUAUCUUGUUCAGACCCUGGAGGGGGUGGACGACUAUGACGCCAACCAUUUCCAAAUAUUCCGGGUUAUUAAUCGAGCACCAUUGGCCAAAAGUGCACGCUCCUCUUCGGACGACCUUCAAAGACUUGGGUCGUCAGUGUUCUACAUGGUUAUUGGUAUAAAUCGACUGCAUUUGAUACCCCUACCCGACUUUACCUUGCCUUCUGGUGCCCUCUUUCAUCCAAAAUCUAGUCGAAGUGCGUACGGCCUUGUAUCCCUAGUUGCAAUGAACGUGCAGUAUUCCGAUGAUCGAUUUGAGCUCGCGUUUAGGUGAGUUUAGAUCUUUUAACAUACUUUCAUCUCCGUCCUCUAUUUAUGUGUUGUAUGAGAAGCACCACACUCUCUCCUUGAUGGUUGCUAGUGCUAUUGUCUUCAACCAAGAUGACUUUCCCCCUACCAAAUCUGGGGCUACUUCAAAAUCGACAAGUGCCGUCGCACGAAACAUAUUCAUAUGCUUGCAUGCGUUCAAAGAGUCCUUCUUUCCAGUGAUCCAGCAUUAUAGCAAUAAAUAGGAGUGCAAAGACUAAUAUUAGCUUAGAAUACCGCUCCAACAAGCUAGCAUGCUCGAGCUGGCAGCUUCAGCUACACAUGACAUUGCUGUAGUCAUUUUCCAAGCCAUACAGUAUCUUAAACCGGCAUGGCUAGACUACAAUUUCACAUUCAACGGGCCUAAACGCCUGCUGGAGUCUGGUGAUAUCCCACUAGUUUACGAAGAGGAGGAGUACGGAUGCUUUGAUAGAACUCUCGUUGCUUAUUGCAUGGCCUACAAUGUAAGAUCUCGCCUGUGUGCUAGUAAUUUUGACCUGACUGACGUAUCUAGUGUAAUCCCAUAAAUAUAAAAUAUGCAGUAGAUUGGAGUGUCGAGGAUGCUCCAGAAUUUCGUUUAUACCCUCCUGCCUUGACAGCUAAAUAUACGAUUUACGAACUGCUUGCUAUCUUUAGGUCUUUACGAUAUAACGAAUCUUUUCGCUCAAUUUCUUUCGCUGAUAUUGAUCUUCAUUGCUUGCAUGGUAUUGUGGAUUCCUACGGCAUAGACCAUGUAGCAUGGACUACUCGAGUAGGUAUUGCGAUAGACACCUACUUCACGAUGAAGCCGCAGGACGGGUCUCUAUUGUACCAAGAGGUCCAAGCACUUGCGUUGAAAUCAUUACAGCUUCGAAAGAUGGAUUUCAGCAACGCCCUUCCCAGAAGAAGACCGCGGGACACAUUUGAUGACGAAGGCGGUGUUCUUCACAAAGAUCCAGGUUGCGAAAUUACUGCAGCAUUGAUGCCCUUGUGCAGCGCUCAGCUAACCGAUGUUAAUUGGAUUGUUCUAAACGGAAUUGAGCUGGGGGAAACGGAUCUUGAUGCUAUGAUUCCUGCAUUGAAUAAUCCAAAGGCCGGGAUCAGGGCAAUCGAAUGCUCGCGGUGUGGACUGAGCGAUCGGGGGAUAAUGCAACUUUUAACUCUUCUGGAACGACAGAAUCAAACGCUCGAGUGCAUCAAUGUAUCCAACAACCCAGGGCGAAUCCUUCUUGAACGAUUCCAAGUAUCCAUGAGUCGAUUUUCGCACGUUCGUAAGCUUGAUUUAUCAAUGAUUACCCGUACUUCCGGCGACCAACCACUCUUUGUUCCCGAAGUUAUGCUCGCCUGGCGACUAGAGGAGUUGAUUCUGAACGGUAUUCCUGUAAGUUUGUUCUUCGAACUCAGUUUUUUUGCUAACUUGACAGGUAAACGAUCAAACGCUGGAUACAAUUUCCGCCUAUCUUACAAGUGACAUGUCUAAUGGGCUUCGCAGCUUACAGAUGGAUCAAUGUAACUUAAGUGGAUCGCAUGUUGCUCUUCUCAUGAGAGCUAUGACUCGAGUCGCUGGUGAACCUCGUGAUUUAGAACUCCACGUAAGUGCUAAUCGGCUGGAGAAGGGAAUAAGUGACUUUGUGAAAGCUAUUCAAGAAAAUUAUACACCAACAAAACUCGUGGUUCGGAUGAUCGAAUUCACCAAGGAGGAGCACUUUAAACGAUUGUUAGAAGCUUUGCGCACCAAUACUACGAUUCAGGUACUGGAUAUUUCGAAAGCGUCACUCCCCUACGAUGCAAGUCCGGAGACUUGUGAAACCAUGCAGAGGGUUUUUGCCGAGAAUACCACACUUCAGGACUUGGACAUAUCUGGAGAACAAGCACAUCUGGAGGUUACGCGAUUUGGAAUCGGCUUAAAUCAAGCAUUAACUGGUCUUAAGAAGAAUAACACUUUAAAGUCUCUUCGUAUAGAGUACCAGAACUUGGGUUUGGAAGGAGCGAACACACUCUCUUCUGUCUUAGAAGAAAAUAGAGGUUUGACGCAUAUUUUCUGUGAACACAACGACAUCAAUCUCCAAGGAUUUACGAUACUCGUCAAUGCGAUUGCAAAAAACCAUACUGUUCUCGAGGUGCCUUAUAUGCGGGACGAUCAAGAUAUCGCCAUGAAACGAAUGAGCGCUAGUAUGAGAGAUACACGCCGCGCCACGAGUUCCUCAGGCCGUGAAAACCACCAUGUGAAAAGUUCGGUGAAGCGGACAUUGAAAAAUUUUGGCGUUGGGGUUGAGAAGCCAGUGAAACAAGAGUUAACGCCUCAAGAUGUUGAUCAAGUGGUCAAAGUACUAGCAGAGAAGUGGAAUACAGAGAUUGGGAGAUUGUCUAUGUUCUUAGAAAGGAAUAGAAACAUAGCAAUGGGUGUGGAUGGGUAUGACCCUACUCAGAUUUUCGGCGAACAUGCCAUGCGUCCUACGACAGCGAUGAGCGACCGAGGAAUCUUAGAACAGGUUUUAAGCAACACAACUCCAAGGAUCGAAUUGGGAAAUCCUGUCGAAAUUACAAAUGAUCGAUUUUCUGGUAUGACACCGCUAGCAGAAGUGAUUAAUCCAAUGGACAAGGAGAACGAGAAGCCGGUGGAUGAGCGGGAUUCUAUCCAGUUUAAACGUAUAUCCUACAAGCGCAGUAAAGAUGGAGGUUUAUUACCUGACUUGCCUUCUUUAGGCAAUGAAAAGUUGUUUGAGCUAGAUGAGCCGGACAAUACUAAGCUCAACCCAAAGCGCUUAUCAUACAAACGCAGUAAGGAUGGGGGACUAUUACCCGACCUGGGAUCAUUGGGUAAUGACAGGAUGUUUGAGAUGGACGGUGGAUUAUUCGAAAUGGAACCUUGAUCUUUGUCACUGCGACUCGAGUACUUUUGCACAUGGUGGAUAAAUUGUUCCUUCGCCUUGCAUUUGGGAAUGGGGUUGGAGAAUCGGUAUUUUACUCGUAUUAAAAGUGAAAAGGCAAACGCAUAUUGCAAGCAUGCAUGCAUACACAGAGGGCGCAGAAUACAGCAAGGAAGAAUAGGGAAGAAGUGCCUACUUUACUUGAUUUCUUUGAUUCAGGGGUUGGAUUAAUGGACUUGGUGGGGAAGCGCAUACCAUAACAUAACAUAACUUUAACUGUAUAUUGAGGACAUUGAGGAUAUUGAGGAACGGCUCAGCGGACCAUCUGGAAGGAUUCAUGGAUGUAUUGGUGGUUGGCUUGGCUUGGCUUGCAAAUUCGAAUUGGGUGAAGUUUUCAUAUCUUUGACUAUAGGGAAGGGGGAAUGGAAGGAGGACAAGGGAUGCAUGGUAAGCAAUCGGAAUGGAAUGGAAGGGAAGGGUAGGGAAGAUCAAAGCGGGAUUUUUUAGGAGUAAUCGUACAUUUUAUAUAUGUAUGUAUGCAUUAUACAUUAUUGGCGUUGGUGUUGGUGUUUGGUGUUGGAAGAUUAGAUAUGUGGAUCCGGGAGUGUGUAUUGAUUGAUUGAACUAUUGAAUUGGGCAAAUAUGGAAUUAGGGGGAUGGAAAUGGAGAUAU